AUGUCGGUGUGGUCCAUCUUCUUGUUCCUGAUCCACAGCUUGCAUGGCCAUCAGUCCUGCCCUCGGAGGUGUGACUGCCCACCAGGAAACGGUGUGGUGUGGUGCAGUUGGAGAAAUCUGAUGGUCAUCCCUUUCGACAUUCCUCAUGACACUCGCGUCCUGUACCUAGACUCUAACUGGAUCGUCCACAUAUCCAGCGGGGCCUUCCACGGCCUGAAACUCCUCCACGAACUUCACUUGGCGGACAAUCUCAUCGAGAGCAUUUCUCCAGCAGCCUUCCACGGCUUAGGGAAUGCCCUGAGGCUCCUCGACCUUUCUGGGAACAAACUGCAAAAAAUAGACGCUGCUCCUUUUGUCAUGCUGACCUGGGUUAAGCUAGAACUCUACGACAACCCUUGGCAUUGUGACUGCUCCCUGCAGGAGCUGAUGAAGGCUCUUUCCUUAGGAGCCAUGAAGGCGGAAGACAUUGUGUGCACCACAGCAACUUGGAAGGAGUACAUUGGGAAGACUUUGUCCCAUCUGGUCAGUACUGGAGUCGACUUCUGUGUCACUCACCAGAAGAACACUGAUUUUGCAAUGCUGCUCACUAUGUUUGUCUGGUUUGGUGUUGUCAUCACUUACGUCAUCUAUUAUAUCCGGCGCAACCAAGCCGAAUCCCGGCGUCACUUGGAAUACCUCAAAUCCCUACCGGUUCCCAGCAGCUCAUUGCAACCCGAGGAGAAGGAGGUGGAUGAAGACAAUACGCUCAGCACUAUCCUCUGAUGGACUAGACUCACACAUGUGCUGGGGCUGCACAACAGAACUGCUUUGGAAGCAGGUUUAAUCUGAUAAAAAGUUUGUCCCUCUAAAAAAACCUAGCUUUAAACCUAGGG